UAAUUCAUUUGCCAUUGCACACACAACCGUUUUAAGCGCAAUUGCUAAGCAAGUCUCAGCAGACUCCAUCCCCGCUGGCGCGAAACGGCGAGUUCAUGAUCUCUCUUCAUGCAUCGUUCUAGGGUUUGCAGAAUGCACCAAUCGUUCCUCCAAUCUCGUGAAUCUCAAAUCCCCACUUCGAAUUUCCAUUCUCAGUUCUCAAAACCCUAACAAUGGCUACGCUGAAUUCGAUUUCAACCGCACUGAAGAAGAAUACUUCGACGAACAAUCACAUUCCCAACCCAGAAACCCUAGAUGUUGAACCUAUCCACCGAACCACGAAAGAUGCGAACUUUCCGGCGAACCCUAACGACCCACCAUCAAAUCAGACCAAUGAUUCAACUGGGGUGUUCCGGAAAAACUACAUCGUUCCGGGCUCGGUUAAGCCUAGCUAUGAGUUGAGCGUUCUGUGUGAGAAAAUGGAUGGUGUAGGGUUGAGGAAUUUCGUUAAAGCCCGCUUUGCGGAUCGAAUUAGGGUUCAGGCUGAGCUUCCUGGGGCGUUGCGGUGCGCGCCGGACCCGGCUGAGAUGGUUCUGCAAUCAUUGGAAGGGCUUAAUGGGGUGGGUGGUAGUUCCAAGGAUAAGGAAUCGAAGAAGAUGAAAAAGAUUUGUAUUAUGUUGUUGAAGCAGUUGAGGGUUGCUGGUGUGAGUGUGAGUUCUAAGGCCAAGGAGAAGGCGUUGAAGUUGGCUCUGGAGUGGAGAAAGUGGUUGGUGGUUGAUGCUGCCAGCGCUUUGGGGGCGAUCGGGUUUUUAAAUAUUGUUUCCGCCUUUGGUUUGGUUUCUGAAUUCAGCACGGAUGAGCUUAUUUCCUUUUCUGCCUUGGCCGCAGUUAAUGAUGAUUUCCCGGAGCUGUACCGGGCCAUUUGUUUGACGGAUGGAGUACCCAAUUGUUUGACGGGUAGAGUACCCGAUAUUAUUCAGAAGCUUAUAAAUAAGGGAAAAUAUAGCCUGGCUGUCAAGUAUGUUUUGGAGUUUGAUCUGGCUGAUACGAUUCCACCUGUUCACAUUUUGGAAGCUUGUGUGGAUGAAUCUAAGAAACUUGCUAUACGACUUUCCCAGGAAGAAAAGCCACUGCUUGAGAUUACAGCCAGAGAAAUUUGUUCACUGAAAUUGGUAAUUAAGAUCAUUGAUAGUCACAAGCUUGAAUGUGAUUAUCUACGAGCUAGCCUUGAGAAGCGGAUAGAGCAACUGAAGAGGCAGAAGAAGGCAUGUAUGAAAUUGCUGCCACCAGCUUCUUCUUUAAAGCCUCCUCAGCACGACCAGCAAAGUGGGAUCAAGCGCCCUCGGAGUUCUGCUCCGGUUGGUACUGAAGCUGUCCGUAAGAAUUUUAACAAUGGCAAUACAGCAAUACACCAGUACCAACAAUCUCUUGUCCAUCCAUCAGGUUUGUUUCCUGAGCAUCCAAAUCCAUACAUGAGCUUGCCAGCCAUGCCAUUUCGCAUGGUGGCCCCUACCCCAACUAUUCCUUUUUAUACCUGUCCUUCAGCUGGGCCUUAUGGUCAUGCCGGUGGCUCAAUGGGUCACAGUGGCAAUCCGAGUCUAGGCAGUUCUCAUCUAAAAAGAAAAAAAACCUCAUCAGAGCCUCAUGUUCCAUCUUGUUAUCAUGAUAGAACCUCUUCUUAUGGUGGUGCUAACCUGCAGCAUAAUUACAAAGCAUCAUAUAAUCCUCUAUAGAGUAUAGAUCAAUAAAUCACUACUCCUACCUGUACUGUGGUAGUAUUCUAGUUUCUCCCCCGAUCGAUUUUACAACUAGACUGUUUGCUUAUCAAAAGAGUAGCUUACUACUGUGCUUCAUUAAUCAUGACUGUAGGAUAGGAACUACAUUUAUUAACUUAAAAUUGUGAGGGAAUGAUUAGCUUCAUAAUUGUAAAUACUUGUAUAGGUUUGUAUGUAUAAAACUUCUUUUAGGUUACGUAUUGCCUUUAGUCUUCAUAAUUGUAAUUACUUGUAUAGUUUUGUAUGUAUAAAAUUUCUUUUAGGUUA